UUAAGUUUAUUAAUUUGCUGAUUAAAUGAGGUAUUUAGUUUGACAGACUUUGAUGCAGAAACAAUUUGGCCGAUUCAAAUGCAAAGCAUUAGACCUAGACCUUGAAUACCUAGCAUUCGAUGUGUAUAAAUAUAUGUUAUGCGGUGUUGACCCUUUGUAUGUCAGGUAUGAACUGAAUGACUGAGGGUUUUUUAAGGUGUUGCAUAAGGCGAAAAUUACGGAUGACUAAAGCCUGCACAUACAUUCCAACAAUUGUCAUUGUCAUGACAAAAAUGAGCUUCAGGUUGCUUAUUGUAAAAGGUGUAAUUUUAGACUGUUUUCCAACCAGCGGUCAGUUAGGAUGUAGAAAGCAAACGCAAGUUCUCAUUUUUUGGCAUGGUGCCCGCCCAACCUUUUAUCCACCGGAGAUUUCCUUAGAGAGGAUGAGAGGACAGAAUGUCUCGGUUUCGUGUUACAGAAUGCCAAACACAGAAGAAUUCCCAGCUCGUGUUACUUGCUCCCAGUGUGUCCAACCUCUGGUUCUGGGGCAGCAGAAGACACAGAGGCUUUUCUUUUUUUCAGCUUCCCUAACUGGAGAAACACAAUAAACUUUAUUAUAAGGCAGUUAGUCACUUUUAGAGCUCCUGCGACUUGGCCGCAUUUGGCCCCCGGGCCUUGAGUUUGACACCUGUGUUCUAGAUGAAUACACCACCGUACACUCCCAUUAAAAUGAUGAACAUUUCAUAAAAUGUAUGAUUCCAUGGUUUGCUGAGCCCUUGCUGUCAACAUGAGCUGGGACAGGUGUAAACAGAGCAGAGAGAGGCUCCACAUGUUGACUCAGUCCAUCUGUUGACACUGGUGAACUGUAGACUUUUAUCUGUCAUCCAAGGACACGGGGAGGCUGCAAUAUUUACUCAGUUGUUGGUGAGUUUCAAGCCCAAUGCCGCUCUUUAUUGAUUUCUCCGUGACAUUGGUGAGUGGGUGAGCUGGUCACGGUGACAGCAGUAUCUGGUGUGUCCGCCUACAGUCAUCCAGUGGCUGUGAUCACGCAUCAGCGAUGAGCGAGUGUGGCAGGUUUGUGGUGAACGCUCAGAAAGAGAAGAGCAGUUCAGAUCUCAGGUGUGUGAUAUCGGAGCGGCACCCUGACUCUUGUUUUGUUAAUGGCGGUUCUUUAUUAUUGUAACCACAUUUCUGGGACAGUGUGUCUGUGGUGCUGGAGUGUUGAGUGGAGGGGGUUAAACCACGGUUUGUUUUUGGCUGCUGUCUGGCUUUCAGUAAAAGACUAGCAGAAAUCGAGGCCAAAGAAGCGUGUGACUGGCUGAGGGCAACGGGAUUCCCACAGUAUGCUCAGCUAUUUGAAGAUUCACAGUUCCCCAUCGACAUCACAUCUGUCAAGAGAGAUCAUGACUUUUUGGACAAAGAUCUAGUGGAACCUCUCUGCAGACGACUUAACACCUUGAACAAGUGUGCCUCUAUGAAACUUGACGUCAACGUCCCAAAAAAGAAAAUUGAAGACUCUGAUGAAGAAGACCUGUUUGCCAUUAGUGACAAAUGGACCUUUGAGUGGAGCAGCCGGCGCUGGUCCAGGUUGGAGGACAUUGACUGUCUCCUAGAAAACAACAGGGAGGGUCAGCCCUACGGCGACGAGGCCCCUCUGAGGACCACCACCAGCAGUGAGAGUGUGCUGACAGAUCUGAGUGAGCCUGAGGUCUCGUCUCUGCACAGUGAGAGCAGCGGAGGCAGCAGCCACAGAGGCCUCAGCACAGAGGACUCGGACUGCUCCAACCGCACGUGCUCAGAUUCGGCAGCGAUGCUCGACAGGACUUCCCUCACAACGUCCUACAUACCCAAAGAAUCCGCUCGCUAUGAGAAGCACGGCAAAACCAGCCGCGUCCGAGCCAAAGACUUCCUGAAGCGCAUGGAAACCCUGCGCUCUCGAGGAACUUUGGGAAGAGGCGGUAGGCCGUUGGUUAUCGGUUCUCCGGUGCUACAGCAGGAGGCGCGGACGCUGAAGACAUUGCACUGUGUUGACAUCAUGAAUGGAGAUGCUGGGACUCUGAACCCAGCGUCCCAGUGCAGCAGCGAGGGCAGCAGCCAUUCUAGUGGCAGUGCCGUUAGCACACCCAGCUUGAAGGAGCACAAGCAUCAUCGGUCCUACUACAAACGAAGUGGGAUGUAUUUAGAGGACGUGGACAUCUUCUCAGACACCCAGGUGAAUAAAGUGGCAGAGGAGAACUGGAGGAAUGAAUUAUCUUCUUAUGAAGACCUGGUGGUCCAUAUCCCCAAAGACCACAAGCCUGGGACUUUUCCCAAAGCACUGUCCAUUGAAAGUCUGUCCCCCACAACUGGGGCUUCUAUUACUUGGCAUACAGGCAGCAUGCACCGGGACACCCCGGUCAUAUCAUCCAGGCCUGUGACCCAGUGCUGCUCCAGAGGCAGUCGGAUCAGUGUGUACGAUAAUGUCCCCGGCUCACAUCUGUAUGCCAGCACUGGAGACCUGAUCGACCUGGAGAAGGAGGACCUGUUUCCUCACCUGGACGAUAUCCUGUCACAUGUCAACGGUCUUCAGCAGAUAGUGGACCACUGGUCAAAGAAUGUGUUGCCCGGCGGAGAAGCAGUUGUUCAAGUGGACGGUCAGAGAGAAAAUCCAGGAGGGCUCCAGUCCUCUAGCCAGAUCACGUUAGACUUUGAGGGAAAUUCAGUCACUGAGAGCCAGACCACGCCGAGCGAUGGGGACAGAGACAGGGUAUCACUUGUUGAUACUGAAUUGACGAGGCUGAGGGAACGGAGGGACUCGGGAGUAGGUGCUUCACUUACACGACCAAACAGACUGCGAUGGCCAAGCUUUCAGAUAUCCAACCGACUCAGUCACUCCAUGGCAUCGCUGCAGAUCACAAACCAGUCUGCAGGUCAGCUCAGCUUGCUGCAGAAAUUCUCCCUGCUGCGUCUCACAGCCAUAAUGGAGAAGUUUUCCAUGUCCAACAAACAUGGGUGGACCUGGUCGGUACCAAAGUUCAUGAAGAGAAUGAAGAUGCCAGAUUAUAAGGAUAAAAACGUGUUUGGAGUUCCACUCCUAGUUCAUGUGCAGCGUUCUGGACAACCACUGCCCCUGGGUUUGCAGCAGGCGUUACGGUACCUGAGGAGCCAGUGUCUGGAUCAGGUGGGUCUUUUCCGUAAAUCAGGGGUAAAGUCAAGAAUUCAAGCACUGAGGCAGAUGAACGAGAACUCUCCUGACGAUGUGAACUACGAGGAUCAGUCGGCCUACGACGUGGCCGACAUGGUAAAGCAGUUCUUCAGGGAUUUACCUGAGCCUCUGCUCACCAGCAAACUGGGAGAGACCUUUCUACACAUUUAUCAAUAUGUGCCUAAGGAUCAAAGGCUGCAGGCAGUCCAGGCGGCCAUCAUGUUAAUGUCGGAUGAAAACCGAGAGGUGCUGCAGACCCUGCUGUGUUUCCUCAGCGAUGUCACUUCCUCUGUGGAGGAAAACCAGAUGACACCCAUGAACAUAGCCGUGUGCCUGGCUCCGUCCCUCUUCCACCUCAACAUUCUCAAGAAGGACAAUCUCUCCCCGAGAGCCAUGCAGAAGAAGUACGCUACCGGCAGACCAGACCAGAAGGACCUGAAUGAGAAUUUAGCAGCGACACAAGGACUUGCUCACAUGAUCAUCGAGUGCAACCGUCUUUUUGAGAUCCCUCAUGAGAUGGUCACUCAGUCGCGGAACUCUUACGUGGAGGCUGACCUGCACGCACUGACAAUUGAAGAAUUAUCCAAGCAGCUGGAGGAGGAUGAUGGAACGUACCAAUCACAUAUGGAGGGGAGGCUGCAGAACCUGCUGAAAGAGUCCCGGGAAAAGUCCAAGUACUGGGUGUCCUGCAGCAGCUCUGACAACACAGAGCUCUACUACAAGAAGGCAGGAGACGGGAACCCACUCAGACGAUGGAGAGUCUCUGUGGAGGUUGAAGCACCCCCAUCAGUUGUUUUAAAUCGAGUGCUGCGAGAGCGCCAUCUGUGGGAUGUUGACCUGCUACAGUGGAAAGUGUGUGAGACACUGGACAAGCAGACAGAAGUAUUUCAAUAUGUCCUCAACCGCAUGCCUCCUCACCCCAGCAGGGACUUUGUGGUUCUGCGGUCCUGGAGGACGGACUUGCCUAAAGGAGCCUGUUCCCUGGUUUCAGCGUCCAUAGAGCACGAGGACUGUCCUCCUGUUGGAGGAGUACGAGCCAUCGUCCUAGAGUCCAACUACCUGCUGGAGCCCUGCGGCUCUGGGAAGUCCAGACUGACUCACAUCUGCAGAGUCGACCUGAAAGGGAGGACACCAGACUGGUAUAACAAAGCCUUCGGUCACCUCUGUGCCGCAGAAGCCGCACGCAUCCGCAACUCCUUUCAGCCGCUCAUCACAGAUGGACCAGAGACUAAAAUAUAAAGUCUGUCUUCAGGUCAUUGCUGAAGUUAAGCCCGUCUUUUAUUGAGAUACAGAUUAUUUAAAAAUAGCUCCUCUGUUAUGGCAUAGUUGCAUGAAAUGAUAUGCUUCAUGUUCCAGGGAAGUUGAUCAUCCUGCCAUUUCUGUUAACACAAGUAUUUUAUUUUCCGAAAAUAUCACCAAAUGUAUAUUAUUAUUGUAUUUGCUGUUAAUAAUACUGCUAUUGUAUUUCUGCCGCUUUUAUCCAUAAUGUCUACGACAUUCGAGGUCUUAAAUGCUUCUGGGAAGCAUAUAAUUUAAGAAAAUAUAUAUAAUUAAUGUUCUCUUACAUGUCUGUAUAUAUGUGUGAAUAUGCCGAUGUACACACUGUAUAAAUGUAACUGAUUUUUUUAAGUACAUUUGGUCAUUUCAAAUUUAAAUAUAUAUAUAUAUAUAUAUAAUAAUGCAUUCAUUUGUGGUGCUUACUUUGGUACAAAAUUGUAAACCGGUUUUACUUUGUGUCAGUAUUGUCAUUUUAUUUUAAAUAUGUGUAAUUUUAUUAAACGACUUAAGGUGUGAUGUUAUCACACCUGCGUUAGGGUACUGUACUGUGUAACACCAAGCACAAGACACAUCAUUUUCUAAUAAAAGUAAAUGUCUUAAAAAAA